AUGGCCGAAGUAGAGACAAGGGUCGACACGGGCGUCGCGGUUGUUGACGACGCCCAGGAUGCGCAAGACGGCGCGCAGGAGCUCGCGCUCGCCACGACCAACAACGAGGUGGCGCCCCCGACAGAAAAGAAAGUGAAGAAGAUUAUUCGGCGAAAGAAGCGCCCAGCGCGACCACAAAUCGACCCAGCUCUGAUCAAGUCGGAACCGCCACCGCAGACGGGCACAGUUUUCAACAUCUGGUAUAACAAGUGGUCAGGGGGCGACCGGGAAGACAAGUAUCUGUCGCAGACACAUGCUAAAGGGAGAUGCAAUGUCGCUCAGGACUCCGGAUACACGCGCGCUGAUGCGCGGCCCGGGUCCUAUUUCUGUCUUUUCUUUGCCAGGGGAAUAUGCCCCAAGGGUCAAGAUUGCGACUACCUCCACCGACUACCCGGCAUCCACGACAUCUUCAACCCGAACGUCGACUGCUUUGGCCGUGACAAGUUCAGCGACUACCGCGACGACAUGGGCGGUGUCGGCAGCUUCACCCGCCAGAACCGCACCGUGUACAUCGGCCGGAUCCAUGUGACGGACGAUAUUGAGGAGAUCGUGGCACGGCAUCUUGCAGAGUGGGGACAGAUUGAACGCGUCCGCGUUCUCAAUACCCGGGGCGUGGCGUUUGUGACAUACACCAACGAGGCAAAUGCGCAGUUUGCAAAGGAGGCGAUGGCCCAUCAGUCUCUCGAUCAUGAGGAGGUCUUGAAUGUCCGAUGGGCCGACAGCCGACCCAAACCCGAUGGCGCAGAAACGAGAGGCUAG